AUGGGUUUGAUGGACUGGUUGUGGGAGCAGCAUCAGUUUUUAAUGCACCAGUGUUUUUCACUUCCAUUCGCAUUUUUGUUUUGUCUUCUUGCUAAACGGGGAUAUCUGUCCUUGACGCACAGGUACCUGUUUGUUUCUGUCGGAGGAUGUAUCCUGGCAGGUGUCACGAUGGGUAUCUACAGCAUGCUUCUGUUCACCUCCACCUUUGUCUUUAUUCUGCUCGUGUGCUAUGUGGAUCCCAGAUGUAUCCAUGCCUGGGUGUUUGGUGUCCAGAUGUUGUGGCAAACCUUCUGGCACCUGCUUAUACAGUACAGGGAAUACUACCUGCGUGAGCCCGUCAGCAUCAGAUUGUUUUUGGCAGCGUCCUCUUUGAUGCUGCUUACGCAGAGAAUCACCUCAGUCUCCAUGGACCUCCAGGAGAAACGAGUUAUGUUGCCACUGAAUGCUUCAUCCAAACGGGAGGCUUGUGUGAUGCUUCUCCCUCUUAUCAGCUACAUCCUCAAUUUCACCACACUGCUUGGUGGCCCUUUGUGCUCCUAUAGCCGAUUCGUGUCCCUAAUGGCGGAAAUCAGCCUCAACCCUCUGCCUAAUCCACUGAGUGUGGUCUUCCUAAAGUUGAUUCAAGUGUUAUUGCUAGAGUGGGUAAGACAUGGUCUUUCCUAUUUUCUGAAACAUAACACCUACGAUCCCUCCAAAUCUAUCAUUCUCUAUGGCGUCCUGUGGGUUUGGGGUCUAGCGGUGGUUUUGAGGAUCCAAUAUUAUUCUCACUGGAAGAUCAGUGAAUGCCUCAAUAAUGCAGCCGGGUUUGGCUUCUGGGAAAAUUCAUCAGGAGACUCCUCAGCCUGGAGCGGACUAUCUGAUGGGGAUUUCUGGACCAUCGAAGCCUCGACCCGCAUGUCAGAGUUUGCCCGUCGAUGGAACGCCACAACAGCUUCAUGGCUGCGUAGACUGGUUUAUAUAAGGUGCAAACAUUUCCCGUUGUUCAUGACUUUUAGUUUUUCACUGUGGUGGCAUGGUUUGCAUUUAGGUCACUUUGUGGGAAUGAUGACCUGGGCAGCAACAGUGAAAGCAGAUUAUCAUAUACACAGGCACUUGUGCCCAAAACAUCCAUCAACAUGGAGGAAGAUAUACACUUGUUUAAGCUGGAUAAACACUCAAAUGAUUGUUGCUUGUAUUGUUACAGCAGUAGAAUUAAGAAAUAUGUCUGGUUUGAGACUUUUGUCUAUAACAUACAUAGGUCUGUUUCCACUUUUUAAUAUAAUCCUGCUCUUUCUCAAACGCAACACAGUUUACUAA